GGAGGGGUGAGAGAGUUCGAAAUUCCAUAGCGCAGCAAUCCUUAUUUUGAUCCGCUACAAUGCUUUUAUGUUAUUUAUUUAGCUCCAAAGUAUAUAGAAGAACGAUUAAGGAGCUGCUUUAUUCCGUUUUUAAUCAAUGAUUUACCCGAAAGAAACGAGUUUAUAUUUGAUACUAACCCUACCCUGUAGCUCAAAUAGAUUGGUCAAAAGAAAGUCUCUCACAAAUGUGCUUGUUUUCAUAGUAUACUGAACGUUCAGCGCCAUGAAUCCUAUAGCGGUGGAUCCAAACAAUCCCGGAAGAAUUUCUCUGGCUUAUCGAGACCUCACUGAACUGCCUGCAGAUUGGGAUGGAAAAUUUGACGACAUAACUGUUCUGGAUUUAAGCCAUAAUAAUUUGACGUAUCCUUUGUAAUGUUUGCAUUUGAGGGUUUAAUCCCAAAGGUAGAUAACGGAGUUGUUUACUUCAGUGAAAGCUCUUAAUCAUAAAUAUUUUUAAAUACCGCGGAACAUUGCUUGUGAUAACACAUAGAGCGUAAAGUUAUGGUAUUCUUUAAAAAGUAAAAUGGGGAUUUGCCAUUUCAGUUUCAUUCAAAUGAAUGAAACGUCUUUCCAUAGAAAGGAACAGUUGAAUUUUAUCGUUUUGGUAACAUGCACUCAUGGUAUAUCUUCUUGAUCUCUCGUCUACCAUGUAAGAAUUAUUUCUGUAAAAGUAAGAGAAUUAUGGUGUUAUGGAAAGUAACAGGAUAGGUUGAUAUUCUUCACGUUGGGUUGAAACUAGCUUAAGCCAUCAAAAUUCAGCCAGUUAGGAAAUUCUAUUUACUAAAGGAUUCACUCAUUCAGAUGCCUAAUUAACCCCUCAACUCACAAAAGUGAUUAACAUAUAACUUCUCCCUAGAUUAUCCAUACAUUACCCAGCAAACAGCUAGUGAGAAUACGCAAGUUUAUGAGGUAGAAGUUGUCAUCUUGAUCUAACACCAAAUUCUUGUAACUAAUUCACAAGGAAAUGUGUAGCAGCUAGAGUGAAGAAGUAACAAUCAGAUCUUGGAAGUUAAGGGUUAUAUAAUUAAUAUCUUAGUGAUAGCUAGACACCUUGAGUGGAGGAGAAUGUUAAAACUAAAAGAUGCUCUGGGAUUAAUGCUAAGAUCAUAAGGUUGGAGUCAAAAGUUUUUCCUUGACCAAAACAAGUGACUUUCAAUUUUUACAGGAUUUCCCGUAUCUCAACACAUUAAUUCUGGACAAUAAUAACCUAACAAAUCAUGUGAAAUUUCCACGCAUGAAGUCACUUCACACACUGUGGGUAAACCAGAAUAGAAUUACAAAUCUGAGUUCUUUUAUUGAGACUGUAGCAAAAUGCUUCCCCAAUUUGAAGUACUUUAGCAUGAUGAACAAUGAGGCUGCCCCAAGUUAUUUUAAUGGAGGAACCUACCAGCAGUACAAGGAUUACAGGUAUGGAGCUUGUUAGUCUGAUCUGGAUGAGCUAAUGUUUAGGUUCAAUAACCUGACAAGCCUUAACAUAACAUAGUGCCUAAAAUUAGGAGUGGUGGUACUCUUCACCAUAAUGGCUACACACCCCCUAGAAGAAGUUUGUCAAGUUCCUAAAAGUUUGGAGGUACCCAUUCACACUUCUUGUGGAAGACACUGUGAGUGUUCAAUUUCUUUUAAAAGACAAUUACAGGUUGAGUAAAGUUCAAACUGGGACUUCUUUAUCUUGAGUUUACUUGCUUGUCUAAAUGGGAAUUAAUAAAUGGGAAUUUAGCAAUGGACAUUUCACUGGGUGGCUUUUUUCGUCUACUGUUUCCAGUCAAAUUGGAAUGAAUGGAGUGUUGGUUUUUGUGGAGGGAGAAAAAACAGAGGACUUGGAGAAAAAGCCUUGGAGCAUUGACAUAAAAACCAAUAACAAACUCUACUCCUAUAUGAUGCCAGGUCCAGGAGGCAAGUGCUCUCAGCACUGCGCCAUGCUUUCUCCUCUCCAUAUUGGAGAAUAUAUAUAUGUAUAUAUAUAUAUAUAUAUAUAUAUAUGUUCCUUCCACAGCAAUCAGUUAAGCAGGGGAUCAAAAAAGGCCCAAUGUGUUCUAACCAUGAUUAUGCUUUCAGAUGUUAUGUUAUAAGUCAUCUUCCAAGUUUACUGGUUCUUGAUGACCAUGCCAUUGAUGCAGAUGAGAGAGAAGAGGCUUGUAAAGUAUAUGGCAAUAGAAGAGUUUCUGUAAGCUCAAAGAAAGUUAGUAAAAAACACAAAGAAAAGGUAAGUAAUUUAGCAAUAUCUCCUUGCUUACAAAUGACUGUAUUUCCCCUGUUUACAAGGAAGUAG